AUGGACCCAGCAAUUGACACGGGCUUCGACGAGGGCGUCCAGGAAACGCCCAACGCCGUCAACCCGACCUCGCUCGAGUCCGACGCCUACGGGUCGCGCAUGCCGCCAGAGCUGUACCCGGCGGGCGCGCCUGAAGAGCCUGCAGCCGCGAAUCAGGUGCCUGGGCAGGAUGCGGCGGACGUCGUCGCAGCUGCGGGUGCGGACGCCAAUGCCGGAGUGUCGCAGCCAGACGCCGUCGACGAGCUCCCUGUCCCGCCCAAGGAGUUCACGGAGGCUGGAGGGGCUGGAGUAGACGCGAUGGACGAGGACGAAGACAUGGGAGACGAUCUCUUCGGCGACGGUGGAGACGAGGACGAGGACGAGGACGAUACCAUGGCGCAGGACCAGCCCGCCGCGAAGGAGGAGCCUGAACAGGCUGCGGAGGAGCAGGAAGCGGACGACGGCUUGACUGCCGAGGAGCGCGCACGCCGCAAGGCUCUCGAGUACGAGGAGGAGGACUACGGUGGUGGAGUGGACGACGAGACGGCGCACCAGAUCAUCACGCACGACGAGCUCAUCGCCAACAUCCCGCUCGCGAACCUCUCGGUUCCCGCAGGCGGAAAGGUCUGGCACGCCAAGAUGCCCAACUUCUUGCAGCUCAAGACGACGGCGUUCGACGAGGCCAAGUGGUCCCCGGAGGAGGAGGAGGCUGAGACGGAGAGCCAGGGGCGACCGCCGCUUCCUGACGAGAAUACGAUUCGGUGGCGGUGGACCAAGGACGAGCUGGGUCAGGUGAUCAAGCAGUCGAACGCCCGCAUCGUCCGCUGGUCCGACGGUUCCCUCUCCCUCCAGCUCGGCGCCGAACUCUUCGACAUGUCGCUCUCGCUUGACCACUCGGCCGUCAUGACCGCCUCCGCCGCUGCCGGCCUCCCCAUCCCUCCCGCCAUCAACCCCGUCACCGCCGGCCUCACCGCCUCCUCCUUCGACAGCUCCCGCGGCCACGGCCUAACCUACCUUACCGCGCGACACACCUACAACGGCCAACUGAGCGAGGCGCAAGCAUCAGUACACGGCAGCAUGUCGUUCCGCCCUGCGACGCUGACGAGCAACACGCACAAGCGACUUGCAGGCUCGAUUCGCGGACGACUGAACGAUGUCGAUGCGAAGCGCAAGGUCAAGAUGCAGGACUUGCCGGCUAUGGAUCCUGAGCGGCAGAGGCUGGAGAAGGAGAAGGCUGCGCAGGAGAAGGCGAGGAAAGCCCGCAAGGAGGCUGCCAAGGCCGAGGGUGGCAGGAGGAGCGGCGGACGCAGGUCGAAGAAGGCGACUAAGAUCGAGGGGUUGGACUUGUCGGACGAUGAGGACGAGGACGAGGACGCGUACGGGGGAUACGGCACGCGGUCGCAGCCGAAGCGGGGCAAGGGUGGGCCUUUGGCGCGAGAUUACUCGGACGACGACGAUGGUUUCUUGGCCAAGAGCGACGAGGAGAUGGAGGUCUCGGGCGACGAGGAGGAGAUCGAAGCAGUCGACGCAGCCGCCGAGCGGGAAGAGCGCCGUCGCAAGGACCGCCGGAAGUCACGAGCGGAGGCCGACUCCGACGAGGAUGACAGUGGUGGAAAGGACGAGGAGGAGCAGGCAGCGGCGCCGAAGCGGAGGAUGGUCGUCGAGUCGGACGAGGACGAGUGA